AUGUCACCAUUUCCGCUAGUUUAUGGCAAGCCUUGCCAUUUUCCAGUUGAGCUAGAGCAUAAAGCCUUUUGGGCAAUAAAGCAAUGGAACAACAGCUUAAUAGAGGCAAGUUCUAACCAAAAGUUGCAAUUGCAGGAACUAGAGGAAAUAAGGAAUGAAGCCUACGAGACUGCCAGAAUUUACAAUGAGAAAACCAAAGCUUUUCAUAAUGAAUCAAUUUCUCGGAAAAAUUUUCAAGUACGCCAAAAAGUUUUACUUUUUCAUUCUCGGUUAAAAAUUUUUCCAGGUAAAUUGAGGACACGAUGGAUUGGUCUGUUUGUUGUAAUUAAGACUUUUAACCAUGGAGCCUUGCAAAUUCAAAGUCUUGAAACUAGUAAAACUUUUAAAGUGAAUGGCCAUAGACUCAAACCCUUUUAUAAGGGAUUUAAGCCCAAUGAUGAAGAAAUUAUAGUUUUGGGAUGGCCCGCGCCGCCUCUUCCCGUGCCACUUCCUCCGCCGCCAAAAGUCACGCUGCCAGCGCUUCGAUCCGGAGCCGCUGCUCGUCGAGCUGCCGCUAGACCAUGA